AUGAAUACAUAAGUUUUUUUUAGAAUUUAUUGCAAAACUCAGUUUUAUUAGCGUGUCAAAGUUGUUGGAAACAAACCUUAAUUGGGAAAUUGGAAUCCAACUUAUGGUUUAUAACUUCUCACUAAUGAGAGUAUGUACCCACUUUGGUUUACUGACUAUCCUUUAGAACUACCUGCAUGUAUUUAAAAAUAUAUAUUUAUGACUAGAUUCAAAGUUAGAAUUUAAAGUGGUAAUUAUUGAUGACUAAAAUUGUAUAUGGGAAUGCUGUCCUAAUAGGGAGAUGAAUGUACAAUCCUUAAAAUAAAUUGUCAUUGUAAAUUAUGAUAAUCCAUCCAUUCAAAUUCUUGGAAUCAAAUCUUUAGUUUCGGAAGUUGAAUUUCCAUAAAUAGAGUAAAGUAAUUAUGAAAUUUCAAGAGAAUAGAUCAUGCAAGGAAGGUAUCCAUCUAGCUUUAAGAUUAUAUGUCAUAUACAGAUUCUGAUUCAGUAAGUAUAUUAGAUUCAUUCUUUAUAGGAGGAACAAAAUAGUAAAAAAUCAGAAUUAACUAACGAUAAUUCACUUUUUCCAUCCAUAAAGUCAUUUAAUAGUUGUAUACCUCCUAUUGAAGAUUUGGAACAAGAUCAAGCAGAAAUGGAUUGA